AAGUGAGGCGCCGAGCGGAACGGCCUCUGGUGACAUUUUCUCCGGGCGGCGCGGACGAGUGAAGGGACUUGUUAGUGGAGGCUGCGAGAUUCGCUUUGGCCCUGGCGGGACUCUGACCGCGACCCUCUGCUCGCCGCCGGGGCUUGUGCUGAGGAGGAGAAGGCGGCGGUGGCCGUUGCGGCCCGAGUCACCGCGGCCGGGAGAGUCCCGCCCCGGGGGUCGGUGCGUGCCCCGACGGGGCGAGCGGAGUAGUUGAGGAGGUGCGGAGCUGCCUCCGAGCGCAGGUUGUUUUCCUGUUGCAUCUUUGACAUAGUUUCCUAGACUUUGCUCCAUGAUUUAACUUGAAAAUCUGAAAUGAAGAUGGAGGAGGCAGUGGGAAAAGUUGAAGAACUCAUUGAGUCUGAAGUCCCGCCAAAAACAUCUGAACAAGAGACAGCUAAGGAGGAAGAUGGAGCUGUAGAACUGGAAUCUCAAGUUCAGAAGGAUGGUGUAGUAGAUUCUGCAGUUCUUUCUUCGAUGCCCUGCUUGUUGAUGGAGCUGAGAAGGGACUCUUCUGAGUCUCAGUUAGCAUCCACGGAGAGUGACAAGCCGACAACUGGUCGAGUUUACGAGAGUGAUUCCUCUAAUCACUGCAUGCUUUCCCCUUCCUCUAGUGGUCACCUGGCUGAUUCAGAUACUUUGUCUUCUGCAGAAGAGAAUGAACCCUCCCAGGCAGAAACAGCAGUAGAAGGAGACCCUUCUGGAGUGCCUGGUGCCACAGUUGGGCGCAAGUCUCGGCGGUCCCGAUCUGAAAGUGAAACAUCCACUAUGGCUGCCAAGAAAAACCGGCAAUCCAGUGAUAAACAGAAUGGCCGAGUUGCCAAGGUUAAAGGUCAUCGGAGCCAAAAGCACAAGGAGAGAAUCAGGCUACUGAGACAGAAACGGGAGGCUGCUGCACGGAAGAAAUAUAACCUGUUGCAGGACAGUAGUACCAGUGACAGUGACCUGACUUGUGAUUCAAGCACAAGCUCAUCAGAUGAUGAAGAAGAGGUUUCAGGGAGCAGCAAGACAAUCACUGCAGAGAUACCAGGUAGAGGAUGUUUUUUAAACUGACUGUAGAGCACCUGAUGGAAUUUCACAGCUGUCAGGCUCAGUUAGAUGAGUGACGCUUGAAAAAAUCCAGGAGACCUGCAGCUCUGUGUAAAUUUGAAGACUGCAGUGUAUUAACAAGACAUGGCCAAUUAAAAAAACCUGUUCUGAGGUUUCCAGUGCACUUUAGCACAUCAGCAAAAAAUAUUUAAGUGGUUAAUGAUAGGGACAAGAUUAUUUUUAAAUAAUGGAAUUUCUCGUAAGUCUUUUCCUCUGUAACAUAUUAUCUGAACUCCCAUCAUUGCCUUUUAGCAUUUCUUAGAUUUAAUACUCAUUGUUCAGCAUUAUUACUAAGUAAAUUCUUCUCAGGAAUAGGCACCUUGCUUUAUUAUUUAGCCACUGUACUUGAGCUUAUGGUGUCUGGAAUAACAUAUUCUAUCUUUUGUUAAAGUUUUCUAGUAAUUGUUCCUCCUAAAACAGUUUUUUGUGUUUUCCCCCAAUUCAGUGCAUGAUAAACCAGUUAUCCUUGUUGCACAUUUUUCUAUUCUGAGUUGUCACUUGCUUUGAAAAGAAUGUUUUUUGCAAGAUUUCCCCUU